AUGGCUACGACUUCCGCGUCAAGUUUGUCAUCGAAGAAUCGACCGCUGCGCAAUCUACAAACAAAGGUGAAGGCGUUGAUGGAGAUGUUUAAAUCAAUAACCAUUUUCGCAAGCACUCUGGGGGAAGUUACCUCAGCUCAACAAAUCCAUGUUAGGCUGGAGAAACUGGACGAUUUUUGGGAUCGGAUCAACGAUGCGCUGAUCGAGGUUGAGAUGCACGAAGAGUACUCGUCGAAAGAAGCAACAUGUUCCAAUAUACGACAGGAUUUCACCACGAAGUACUACAACGCCAAGGCAUCUAUAUUGGAACGCAUCAAGGAACUGGAAGGAGGUGCCAGUGUUCUACAUUCCACCUGUAUGAUGGACUCGUCUAUUCAACCAACCAUCGAGCAUGUCAGGCUACCGCAAAUUAAGUUGCAAACGUUCGACGGUGACAUCGACCAGUGGCUGAGCUUCCGGGAGCUGUACUCAUCCCUGAUCCAUACCAAGACAGACUUACCGGAGGUUGAGAAGUUCCACUACCUGAAGGGCUGUCUCACCGGCGAGGCGCGGGCUCUCAUCGAUCCGUUGACACUUACGAGGGCGAACUAUUCAGUAGCUUGGGACAUCCUAAUGGCCAGGUACAACGACAGCAAGGUGUUGAAGCGCAGGCUGGUUGGAAACCUAUUUAUACUUCCCAAGGUGGCUAUUGGAAUUGGAGGACGGUUGCCAUGGACCGAUAAUGAGGUUGCUGAGGAGUCGGCCGUCGAUAUUCAGGCACUACUGGAAGGUUUCGAACGCGUCGUGCAAACCCUGGACCAAUUGGUGAAACCGGAAGAAUAUAAGGACCUGUUGUUGCUGGAAAUGUUGUGCUCCAGACUGGAUCCAAUUACACGUCGUGCAUGGGAAGAGCACAGUGCUCAUCAGGACCAGGACAAGAUUUAA